AUGUCUCCAUCCUGGCCAUACAGUGGAAAGCUGCGCAACGAUUCCAAGAUCAAGAAAGUUCCUUCGCGCUAUUCUCCGACUCAAGUUCUCCAAUGGCUGGACUGCUUGGGCUUUCCCGGUACGUAUUCUGAGGUUGACAUCUCCUCGGGAGCGUUCCCCGUAACGCUAGAAAAUCUCCAUAUCCUUACGCGUCUUUCCACUGUUGCUUUUCCCAUCGAGAACACGACUUUGCACUAUGGAAAGGACCACAUCAUGGAUAUUUCUGCCGGAAGCGUCUUUCAACGAUUAGUUGUAGAACGUAAAGGAUCUUACUAUUUUGGACUCAAUGGGCUAUUUCUAGAGAUGCUUAAAGGCCUUGGAUAUCGGGUAUACUCAGGCUCAGGGAAAAUCAAGGAGUCCUCGACGCCUCGAGAAACUCCCGAGUAUCUUUCGUUCGUACACAUGGUGCUGGUUGUUCAGCCCAUCGGCGACUUUAAUGAUACCUACCUCGUGGAUCAUCGUCUUACGAGAGGCUCUCGGGCUGAGCCCAGUCUCGAUCUUGGCCCUGAGGGAACGGAAUGGCGCCUUGAGGUGCUCCACGAGAAAGGGCCUGACUCCAAGUGGAAGAUCGUUUAUUCGUUCCUUGAGGACGAGUUCUUUGAGACGGAUUACACGGCUAUGAACUUCGGGGUAUCCCUGUCUCCGGGUGGCUUCUUCGUAGACAAUCUUGUGUACGGGCGGAAUUUCUGGCUGACCGCGGAUGAGGCUCGGGGGCUGGGUGCGGACGAUAGCGAUAUGGAUUCGUUUUUGACCCGCUAUAUGGGCAAGAUUGGCGUGAAAGGUGGUAUUAUUACGCGGCAUAUUGGCAGCCGCUCAGAGGUGAUCAGGACCGCAAAGACAGAGUUGGAACAAAGGGAUAUCCUGAGAGAAUUGUGUGGCAUAGAUAUUCCUAUCGAGGACCUGGAAAAUAUAAGGGGGAGAUCUGCCGCUCUCCCUUUGGGAUAUUAA